CGACUGUCAGCGGUCAUGGUCCAAUCGAUCAUGUUGCUUGUCUCUUUUCCAGAGUCCCACUAAGGCAAACAGAACCCCAAUCGCGAGCCCCUAACUAGCCCGAUCCGGGAUAUCCAACUUCUCCCGGCGGCCCUGAAGACGGGAGAGCAGGUCCCUCGCGGGAAGCCGUCGAAGGUGCUUUGACUGCCACUCUGCUGAGCCCAACGCAGCCCUCAUCAUACCCAAAUUGCCCGUCCCUGACCCCGCGGGAUUUGGUUUCGCCCGGCUCCAUCAGGCCAUCCAGGCGUUGCGUGGUGAAACUUGCAAAAGCCCCGCGCUAGCUCGCUGAGCCAAAAGCGGGAAACGGUUACAUCGAGCCAGUUAGUGAUUACAUACCUGCCUUCAAACCGCAGUGCGAGACGGCUCUUCGGCAGACGACGAGUUGCAUGCACCGGUUUGAGUAACUGCUAUUAUUGCUUUUGCACGAUACGCUCUGUCGACGUCACCGAUUGCAGAUCUGCAGAUUUGAAUUAUUAAUCCAAGAUUGAAAUCAUUUGCGGGGUCGAAAUAUCUCAGGAUUGAGGGUGGGGAGAGAGAGUAAGACAGAAAGACAAGAAAGGGAGAGAGAGAGGCACAGAGAGAGGGGGAAAGAGAGACGUGCAGGCAAGUUUGGUUUAAAUAGCACUAUAGUGCCGCUCGGUAAGUUCGUUUCUUGUUCUUUUUCUUCUUUUAAUUCAAGCUCCAUAGGAAGUCAUUGGAAGGAUAAGAACAAUGGCCCCAAUUCGUCCAGCUCCAGCCUACGACGCUCCUGCAGGCUCGCCAGUUCAUGCCGACAAGGCAUUCUACACUCGCGUAGCCGAGACAGCAAACAAACCCGGCGGCCGCGUCCUCGAAUACUCUGCUAUCAUCCGUCCACGCGCCGGUCACGCAUGGAAGGUUCGUGCCGGCCAGGUCUGCAGGAUCACCGCCCCCGAGGGGCCCCAAGUCGGCGACUUCAACAUCUGGAACCUGCAUAACCCCCGCGAGCGCUUCUGGGCAACGCGCACCCGGCAGAUCCACCAGAGCCACGUCUCCGUGUUCGAUCGCCUGUGGUCUUGCCUACCGUUCAUGCGGCCCCUUAUGACCAUCACUGCCGACUCGCUGGCGGACUACGGAGUUGACGAGUACGGCGGUCGUGUCCACGACUGCCUGGGCACCCGAUGUGAUCCGUACAUCAACCUGCUGAUGGGCGGCGAGAACGACGACUUCCAUUGCCAUUCAAACCUCACUCGCGCCGUGGCCCCUUACGGACUCAACGAAUUCGACGUGCACGACGUGAUCAACGUGUUUCAGGUGACGAAGCUCGAUGAAAAGGGAAGAUAUUGUAUGGGCGCUUCUCCUGCAAAGAAGGGCGACUAUUUCGAAUUCUUCGCCGAGGUCGAUCUGCUCUGCGCCUUGUCGACCUGUCCCGGCGGAGAUCUCUCCCACUGGGGCUGGGAUGGAAGCGGCGAAAUGCGCGAAACCGCCCGGCCGUUGGGCGUAGAGGUUUACAACAUGACGGACUCGAGUAUCUUGGACGGAUGGAAGUCCCCCGAACCCUCUAAAUAUAAGGGUAUGCAUGGCAUUAAGAUGCCGGCUCGGGAACCAGACUCCACAGUCGUAGGAUUGUAAACAAUUCUUCUGAAGAUAAUUGGACUAUGGCAUUGAAAUUUUUUUUGUUUUUCCGUCUUUUAAUCCCUCUUAGUUGUGAUCUUUGAGAUAUCUAUUUACUUUGGCCC